CCUCCAUCUCUAAAGUAUAUUUUAUGAAUCAUUUACCACACAUUCGGACGGCUUUAUUAUUAUUUUUUUUAAUCUUAUGAUCAAAAAUUUAAAUAUCGAUGAUAUUUUAUUUAAUUCCGAUCUCCACGAAAUUAAUAAUAAAAUUACCAGCCAUAAAAAACACUCUUCACCCGGACUAGAGGAAGAAGUCACAAAAUUCAUAAAUGACACCUGUACGAUAUUGGAAAAAUUAUCAACUAAAGAAUUAUCAGCAAAUGAAUGCUUAGUAGUGAUAAAAAAUAACUUUAAUAAGAUAAAGUCCUCACGCCAGAGCACAGUCACAAAUCACAUCCUUAACAACGUUUUUAACCUUUUAUAUGAAAAGUUCAUCCUAAUUAUCAUUUACAUUUGUAAAAAUAAUUUGGACCAGCAAGUAAUUCAGUCGUCUUCUAACUUAAUUUACAACGUUAUCUCACACAUUUAUCAUCACCUUUUCUCCCUCAACAAUAAAAAUGACACUAAUCAAAAUAACCAAAAUCGACUACUCAUCCAUGUUUGGGAUAUAUUAUUAUUGUUGAUCUAUAGUAAGGAUAAAAGGUUAAGGACAAACACAUGUGUGUUUUUACAUCACUUUGUUUACAACUGUUGCCUUGACGAAAUUGUUAUUAAUUCAGACCUGUACCAUAAACACAUUAAACACAUUUUAAACUUGUUUCUAACCAAUGUAACUAGUAGUGGUGUUGGCUCCUCGGGAGCCAGCAGUAAGGAUAAAUUAAACCUGUGUAUAAUAUUAGUCAAGUUACUCCAGUCAUUCCAGAGCGAUGAGGUCAUGACUAUAUUCCUAACCAUCGUCAAUAAUACGAUAGAUAAACAUCAAACUGGUGGUCAAAUCACCUCAGUUGACACUAGUAAUUCCAUUUUGGACAGUGGAGAGAUGGAAAUUGUGUACGCAAUUUUGGAGAUUAUUGACAUUGUUGACAUUAACGUACUACAGAGGAUUAUCACCUUAGUCUCGUCGAAUGUUAAGUUAAAUGUUGCAGUAUAUAAAAAGUUAUAUUCAUACCUGAAUAACAUUGGAAUACUUAACCUGUUGUAUAUAUUUUACAAUUUCAAACAUUUGUCCAAAAAUUCAACCAAUCCAACUCUUACCAAUGUUCCUAAUGACACCAGAGUACACAACGAAUUAACUUUGGAGUUUAAUAAAAUGAUGCUGAAAUGGGUGAGAGAAAAUGGAUUCGAUAAGUUUAUAAAUUAUCUCCUCAAUAGUACUUUGCAAAUUAAUAUUAUUGUGUUUGUACUGUAUAACUUUUUCGACCACGUGACUCACGACAGUGAGAAUCCAGACUUGAAAAACUUGGUAACCAAUGAGAAUGAUAAUUUAUUAGUUUAUUUAUACGGAAAUGACCAGAUUGUGAAUUUGCUAAUGAAGUUACAGGAGAAAUUGGAAAAUUCUCCCGGAAAAUUUGACUCCAACUAUAAACUAUACAUUAACGAGCUGAAUUUGAUAUUAUUGUCAUUUAACACAGACACUGAAUUGAGCUUAUUUAGGGAUAAUUCUCACUUGGGAAGGCUUAGUUUUACUGAACUGGUUUCCAAUAACCUAGAAAUGGCACAAGAUGUAAAGAACAUUUUAUUCCAAACUUUAGCACAAAUUAACAUUAGUUAUGUAAUGAAGUGUUUAAUUGAUGAAUAUGUGCAAAUGAAUUCAUCAGCCCUUGAUUUCAUCACCGUUACGAGUAAUCUCAGCAUAUUCAACACCGAUAACAUUGUGUAUAAUAUCUCCAAUUUGUUACUACAGUCGUUUGAUUAUAAUAUUACGUCACUCCUAGAAUCGCUUGACAAUUUGGCUGUGGAUGACUCAACUCAGUCAGCAGGCCCUGGAAACCUGUGCAAACUUGUUGUGAUUUACGUUUAUUUUAAUUAUUAUAAUAAUUCCAUCGAUUGUACCGAUGUGGACACGGUAAAUUAUAUUUUUAAUAAUUACAUCAUUCACAUUUUGCAACAAAUAAAUUCUGAGAAUUCCACAGACUCCCAACUCACAAGCUCCAAUCUUAACUCUAAGAUUACUAAUUCUCAACUUAGUGACAAACUUAACAUGAGCAAGGAGGAAGAAUUCUUGGUUAAUGUGAUGGUAAUGAAGUGUAUUUACGUGUACAAUAUUAUGAUGAACACGUACCAUGAUAAGGUUAUCAGCAUCUACUAUAACAUUUUAAAUAAUAAUAUCCAAAUGUUCAAUAACGGUAACAACGUGUUCACAUACAAACUUGAGGUUUUACUAAGUAUAAUAAUUGACUUGUUAUAUAAUAAAAGAGAUUUAAGUGAGGAAACUGACGGAGUAGUUACCACGGGAUCUGCUACUGUGGGAUCAGCUACUGCGGGAUUGGGUGUGGAGUUGAAAGUGUACAGAUUAAUUUUGAGCAUUUUAACGUAUGAUUUGAGGAUUAAUUCGUAUAUACGCAAUUUAAUCUUGACCAAGUUGGUGUACAAAUUGUUACUAGUGCUGUCCAUCAGGAAUGAUAACAUUGUCAAAUCUGCCGAUCAAACCAAGAAGUCUCAACUUGCACUUUCAUCUGUUAAUGAUAUGCUAAAAGAUUACUUCAUAUGUAUUUUGGAAAUGAUACUUUUUGAUGAUCAGUUAAAUUCUAACGCAGUUUCAAUCCUAUACACCACCAUCUUCAAUCUGUACAACAAUAAUACCGUGACUAAUACUCAUACUAUUGAUAGUACUGACACUAUUGACAGUACUGUUGGUAGACUAACAAGAGGAUUAGUGAUAGAAUCGAUAAAAUAUGUGAUAUCAAAUUCGAUACAAUAUUUUAUUAUGAAUGUGGACUCUGGCACUGUAAGUAGCUUCAGUAGUAUAAUUUCCAGGUUAAAAAUACUACUGAUUAACUGUACGGAUAAGAUCAUUCACAAUGUAACGAUUUUAUUAAUCCUGUUUGUAAAUUAUAAGAUGAAUGUGAUGGAGAUUUAUGACAUUAUCAAGUGGACUGUAAAACCUGAGUUCUCUUCCGAGCUCAGUGACCUCUACUCAUUGUUGCACUUUUACAGUGUUAAUAUUAGCGGCAAUAAGAAGUUAUACAGUCUUAUCUCCACCGUUAGGACACUGGUGAACCCUAAAACUAACACAGUGCCAAAUGUAAGACACAUACAAACCAUCACUGAAAAGUAUAACAUGAACAAUGAUCCCUCUCCAUUCUGCAGAUUUCUCUUCAACCAAUAAUUUACUAUACAAAUU